GAGUGAAUUUUCAUUAUUCUAGAGAAUCAAAUUAACUGAUAAGCUAAAUAUUUUCUUAUAAAACUAUAAAGAAAAUAACUAUAAAAAAUCUUCUUUAAUAAAUUUCUGAUGAAUAAUAUGAAAUUAAUGCUGAUUAUUCUGUAUAAGGAAGAUCAAAUGAAGAAAUAGGAAUUAAACAUAUAGAUAAUACAAAAGAAAAUUUAAAUUUAUAAAAUUUCAAAAUUGGAUCAAGAAAAUUUUGGAACUCGCACUAAUAAGAAUUAUUGGAUUUACUAGAUUAAUUAGAAAAAAGUAUUCUUAGUAAAAUGUAAAAACUGUAAAAUGACGAAAUUGCUGCAGCUGUAGCUUUAGCUGAACUUAAAGCUAAAAUUAUGAAGGAAAAUGAAGAGAUGUAAAGUGAAUUAGAAAUUUAAAUUAAAAAUGAAAAAGAAUUAAGAAAUAAAAUUCUUUUCUAAUAAAAAUUAUAAUAAGAGUGUAAAAAAUAACUCGAUGAAAUUAAUAAACGUAUAGAAUAGUCAAAAAAAGAAUUAGAAGAAUAAAGAAUAUGGUUCUAAAAAAAAAUUAAUGAAAUAAUAUAAGAAAUUGAACUCUAUAAGCAAGUUAUAAAAGAAUAUAUUAAUAACGUUUUUAGCAAUGAAAAUGAUUUCCAUAAAAGAACAGAUGAUUAUAUUGAUGAUUCUUAAUAUUAAUAUGAAGGUUAUAAUUAAAGAUAAAUCGAUAAUAUUGGCUUCUUAACAGAUUGA